CAUUACUGAACAGUGCUGCAAAACAGCAACAGUCUGCGCACAUGUGUAACCAAACGGGAAAUGUCAACAAACGGACAACAAUAAUUAGAUUUUUGUACAAAAAUGCCCGCUAAACAGCAACCCACUGGCGCUGAUAGCGACUCCGACGACGAUGACGCACAAAUGCGUCAAUUCAUGGAAGCCGCCGAUCACACACUGCUCACAAAUGCCAUGUUCCAGCAGGGAGCAGCAGCAGAGCCUAACCCGGCGGCUCCUCCGGCCAAAAGCGAACGCCACUUGGACGAACAGGCUUCUGGCGCAGGCACAGCCAGCGAUCUGCACAUCACCGAAGAAAUGCAAACCCACAUAUGGGCGAAACUUAGCUCAAUUAUUCAAAAUCAAAUCGAGUUCUGUGAGCAGAAAUCCGCGGAUGAGGCAGCGGAGCCCUGCCACGACCAUGUGAGGCUCGUGUCCAAUGCGGACUGCUACCUGAGCGCCGAAAUAGUGGAUACAGGACCGCCGGGACCAAAAAAGAAGCCCACCAUCAAGCGACGCACCCUAAGCGAGGACAAAAGCUCUACGGCCGCCGCCAAGACGCUGGCCCUAGCCGCGGCGGCCAUUAGUGGCGAGUCGAUUAUGGAGGGCAAGGAGACGCUGGCCUGGGCCCAGAGCAAGCCACGACAGGGUAAGCUCUUCGAGUACAAGGCCACCGAUGAGCAGGGCCACAAGCUGCAAGCGCUGCAUCCACUCAACGAAUUCACGGAGCGCAGGCUGCAGAACCGAUGGAACGAGGCAAAGAUACGCCGACGAAAAAAGAAGAAAUAAAAGCAAAGCAAAGCAAAGC